AUGUCGAAUGAGAAUGAUCCUAGCACAAAAGAUUUAUAUGCAAUUUUAGAGGUAGAUGAAACUAUUACUCAAGAUGAAUUGAAAAAACAAUACAGGAAACUGGCUUUGAAAUAUCAUCCUGAUAAAGUUCAAACUACUGAUGGAGAUGAAGAUGAUGUAAAAUUAGAAUAUGAGUUGAAGUUUAAAGAGAUCAUAUCUGCAUAUGAGAUUCUAAGUGAUGAAGAGAAAAGAAAACAAUAUGACUUACAAAAGAACUUUAGAGAUGCCAAUCAAGGUUCAGAUUAUGGAGAUGGGAUAAACACCGCCUUUGGCAAUCAAACGUCAAAAGAUAUUUCUAUUCCUUUAAAGGUAACAAUAAAGGAUUUGUAUAACGGUAAGAUUAUUCGAUAUGAUAUAAAAAGAAAUGUCAUCUGUGAGAAAUGUGUUGGUUUGGGCUGGAGAUCUAGGAAGAAUGGUAAGCAAUACGUACCACCAUUAACGGAGUGUAAAACAUGCGAUGGUGCCGGUUAUAAGCAGGUUAGGCAACAGAUUGCACCAGGAUUUUUCACAAAACAAAAUUUGGUUUGUAAGAACUGUGACGGUAAAGGUAGAUAUUAUAAAAAACCUGCUUCCAGUAAGAAUUUUUGUCUGAAGUGUAAUGGCAAAGGUAUUAUAGAAAUAUCUGAGAGUAUUACUGUCAAUAUACCUAGAGGAUCAUCUGAUAAAGACACAAUUAUUAUUGAUAAUAAAGCGGAUCAAGAAUUGGGUAAAUUCAAAACAGGAGAUUUAAUCUUUGUUUUAGAGGAAAUUGAUGAUGAACAAACUGCAUUGAAGAGAUAUGGGGAUAAAGAUUUAAUAACAGAAUUGACUAUAUCAUUAGCUGAUGCCAUAACAGGAUUUAAAGAAAAACCUAUUGUGAAAACAUUAGAUGGCAGGCUUCUGAGGUUAUCGAUUCCUGUUGGUAAAGUAAUUAGAUUUGGAGAUAUUUUAAAAGUAGAAGGGGAAGGUUGGCCAUUAAAUAAAAAUGCCACACGUAGUGGUGACUUGUACAUAAAAUUUAAUAUCGAAUUUCCUGCAGAUAAUUGGAACUCUGAAAUGAAUGAUAUAAUAAAGAUAAGAAAUUUACUACCUGCUAUCAGUGAUGCAAAGGCUGAUAUUUUAGGUGACAUGCCAAAGGAUGAUAUAUUCAAUAUUACUAUGAAUAGUGAAGAUAUCUCAAACUAUGAUUUUGUCAAGGAUCUUCCCGACAUUAUAGAUACAUCACAUAAUAAUGGUGCUGAAUAUGGACACAAUGGAGACAGCGCAAAUUUCACAGAGAUGCCGGAAUGUUCCCAACAGUAA